GGGCGGGGUCACUUGCGCGUGGGCAGGAGGCUCUGUUCCAACUGCUUUCAGUUGAGUCGUGUUGCUACCGUUGGUAGUAGCCCUAGGAGAGCUGUUAUCUGUGCACCACCACCAUGUCUGAAGAAAAAUAUUCUUUUACUGGAGGCAAAGAGAAAAGAGAGGAGCUGGUCAGGAGCCUGGCAUGGCAGCACCUGGUGAAGCAGGGGAAGGAGGAGAAGGAGGAAGAGGAGGUGAAGAAGGAAGAAGAGGAAGAGGAAGAUGAGAAAGAGGAAGAGGAGAGCCCAGAGAGUAGCUCCGAUGACCUGACUCCCGAGACCCCCUGCAUGCACCCAGACCUCCUGGAGCUGGCAGUGGACCGAGAGAAGUGCCGCAGAAUCCGCAGGCAGUACCGGCAGCUCAUCUACACUGUGCAGCAGAACCGCGAGGACAUUGUGAACACGGCCAGCGACUCACUCACUGAGGCCCUGGAGGAAGCCAAUGUGCUGUUUGAUGGAGUGAGCAGAACCAGAGAGGCAGCCCUCGAUGCGCAGUUCCUGGUUUUGGCUUCUGAUCUGGGUAAAGAAAAGGCAAAGCAGUUAAACUCCGAUAUGAGCUUUUUUAAUCAUACUGUCUUCUGCGACUUGCUGCUGAUGUUUGUGGGCCUCAAUUGGGUGGAAGAGGAGUGUGAGGAAUUGAGCAACUGCGACGAUAGCAUAGCUCUUUCCUUCUGGGGCACAUUGCACAGGGAAGCAAUGGCCUGGAUGCUGCAAGCCAAAACGUUCCACUUCAUUUUUGGAUCAUUUAAGGCAGAAUGUUCUAGACAAAAGCCCCGGCUUGAACAUCACAAAAGAGCUUGCAAAAUGGAAGGAAAUGGGGAUAUGCCUACAAAGUUGAAGAAGCUGGAUAUGCAUGCUAAUCAGGAGACGACAGAAAAAGAAGUUGAGAGAAUCUUGGGAUUGCUGCAAACCUACUUUCAAAAGUACCCCGAUACUCCAGUGUCGUAUUUUGAGUUUGUGAUCGAUCCAAACUCAUUCUCUCGCACUGUGGAGAAUAUAUUUUAUGUUUCUUUUAUUAUUAGGGAUGGUUUUGCAAGAAUAAGGCUUGACCAAGACAGACUGCCGAUUUUGGAGCCAACUAAUGUUAACCAGGUGGAUGAGGAGGGUGAUUCCUGCUCUUACGGCAGGAAACAAGGAGUUAUAGCUUUGAGUUUACAGGACUGGAAAAAUAUUGUCUCCACUUUUGAAAUUUCAGAGGCUAUGAUCAAAAACUCAUACUAAAGAGUUUUAUUCAUAGUGUAUGACUCCAUCUUGAACUAACAUCGAAAAAUGGAAUCUAAACAGAAGCACAAAUUCUAGUAAAGUAUUUUCAAGAACAAA